GUAGAGAUGUUCUCUACCAGUAUAGCCCUAUAUGCCUAGGCCCUUUUCAUCUUUAACCACCAGCUGCUCUGCUGCACUCAGGCCUCAAACACAGCGGUCUCCCUCGUAUGGCCAGGGUAUCAUGGGCAGUGUCCAUGCUGUUACUGCUGAUGCUCUGCUCUCCAGGGGGGUCUUCGGUCCCCCUCAAGCAUCUGUGUGGUUCCCACCUGGUGGACGCCCUCUACUUUGUGUGUGGAGAAAGGGGCUUUUUCUACAAUCCGAGCCGGACCCACAAGCGUGAUGUGGAACAUCUGCUCGGGUUCCUGUCUAAAAGGGCCAGACAGGACCAGCGACUGUGGAGGGCUUUGUCGGGCCGCGACGAGCCCAAAGUGAAGAGAGGGAUCGUGGAACAGUGCUGCCACAAGCCGUGCAGCAUUUACCACCUGGAGGGCUACUGCGACUGACUCGCCACUUCAGGAGCACCACUCAUAGCCUGUAAAAAGGUCCCGAAGUCAAUUUCUGGCCUGAUACUUGCUGGCUAUGUCUUAUCAACUGAAGGAAAUAAAGCUUCCUGACCCAUAACCCAAGGC